AGCUGCUUCUGCGGUUCAACGAUGUGUUGUAAGAGCGAGGGCCUGCUUCGACUUUGCUCCUUAUCUUAUUCUUGGCGAACAUGUCACUAGUCCCUUGCGCCAGGCUUCUCAUAUCGAACCAACGAUUCCACUGGGGAUGGCGAAAAGCUUCGACAUUGUCUGUUGUGCAAGGAGCCUCGCACCCACCACUUGAGACCAAAACUCUUUCUGAAUAUUUCACCCAAGAAAUUCUCCAGAGACACAGUACAAGACCUGCUUUAAUAUGCUCAUCUGAAAAACCUAGAGCGCACGGUGGCCCUUCUUCUAGGAACUUGGGCAAAGUUUCCCAUCUGGCAUGGGACUUCGACGAGUUUGAAAGACAUAUAGAUGCUGUUUCGAGAGGGUUGCUGUCGAUGGGCGUGCAGAAAGGUGAUAGAAUUGGUAUCAUAAUGGGCAACAACAGCGCCUAUGCCAUUCUCCAAUGGGCUGCAGCCCGAAUUGGCGCCAUCCUUGCCACAAUAAAUCCUUCAUACCGUAUAGACGAAUUGGUCGGUACUCUACGACUGGUCGGAAUCAAACACCUCAUCAUUGUGCCUAGCUUGCGCACCUCUCAGUAUUUGAAACUCCUCCUCGAGCGAUUUCCUUCCCUAGCUAGUUCGAAUCCAGGUGACAUCCAAGAACUAGAACUGCCAGAGUUGCGUAACCUGAUCGUUGUGAACAACGAUGAUGAGUAUGAAUUGGUCAAGGCUGCUACCGACUGGAGGGAGAUCAUACUUUGGAGAGAAGACACAUGGGAAGCCAAAUCAGUUCGGGAUAUUGCUCGAAGCCUGAAUAAGGACGAAGUCAUUAAUUUGCAAUUUACUAGUGGUACCACCGGCGCGCCUAAAGCUGUAUCUCUCACACACUACAACCUUUUAAACAACGGCAUAUCUAUAGGCCGCAACAUGAAUAUUAGCGAGAAGGAUAUCUUAUGCAACGUCCCUCCCUUAUUUCAUUGUUUUGGUUUGGUCCUCGGAAACCUCGCUUUCUGGUCGCAUUCCGCCUGCGUCGUAUACCCGUCUGAAUUGUUCGACCCUGUAGCUAUUGUAGAUACGCUGAUCAAUGAAAAAUGUAGUGCUCUGCAUGGAGUGCCUACACAUUUUCUGGGCGUCCUGUCUGAGGUGGAAAAGAGGAAGAGUCAAGGAGAGGGGGUCGAUUUGAGUAAUUUGCGGACUGGAAUCGCUGCGGGCACCAGUGUACCUAUCGAUCUAAUGCGCAGACUGAUAUCUGAAAUGAAUCUACGUGACUUGACGAACGCCUAUGGAAUGACCGAAACUAGUCCUGUCUCGUUCCAAACCACCCCCGCCGACCCCAUUAUCAAACGCGUUGAGACUGUCGGUAAAGCUCUUCCGCACGUCAAAGCCAAGAUAAUUGAUCCGAAAGGUAAUGUCGUUCCUGUGGGCUUACCGGGAGAAGUCUGUGUGGGCGGAUAUCUAGUGCAGAAAGGAUAUUGGAAUGACGAGGAGCACACGCGUCAAGUCACGCAUAAAGACGCUGGAGAUGACGACACAGUUUGGAUGCAUACUGGAGAUGAGGGUAUAUUAGACGAAGAAGGCUAUUUGAGGAUUGUUGGUAGAAUUAAAGAUAUCAUAAUCCGCGGAGGGGAGAACCUCUUUCCAAUACAAGUAGAGAAUGUUUUACUCGCCGAUCACAGCAUUCGUGAAGCAGCCGUCGUUUCUGUCCCACACAAGGAAUUCGGAGAAGUGGUGGGAGCAUGGAUUGUCCGAAGUACUGGGACUGCUUCCGGACAUCCUCGAUCAUCACGAACUGAUAUCAGGAAUCUGGUCAGAGAAAAGAUGAAUCCACAAACUGCACCGGCGUGGGUGUGGUUUGUAGGCGAGGACGGCGUACCAGAUGAACUUCCGAAGACAGCCAGUGGGAAGGUGAUGAAGCACGUCCUGAGGAAGUGGAGCAAGGAACUUGCGGAACGGGGCAUUGGGAAGGUGAUAACCUGAGAAUUUGUGCAUGCUUAUGUUCAUCUGUUUUCAGAUCCGUGCAUCAGCUGCGGCAGUGCUUCUCAAUGAUCACACGAACAAGCUGGUUUCAACAAAUAGUCUCGAGACAUUAUCCAAUCUUUACUCGUCAUUGGAUGAUGCAUAAGGCUGGUGAUGCCGAAACGAAGCUGUUAGCAUCUAUCGUGGGAUAGCUUGACGAUUGUGUAUUGGUACUCAUACUGUGGUAUAUAGGCCUACAAAGGCAAACACCAGCUUCACCUGUUACUUGAAAUGCUCUCAUCCAUCUUCAUCUUUUACUGUUAUAGCCACU